GUCCGAGAUCUACCAUUCUUAUGAGGGCUACCCGAGGGAGGAGGGGGCGCACAAGGCGGAGGGGUCUUUCUCCAUAGUAACAAUGACAAAACAAGGCAGCUUCACAUGAAGCGGGCAGAACAUGCGUCGGUGAUCGGACAAGGAGAAGCAGAAGUUUGGAGAACGCACCUGAAAACUGCAGGAAGGCAAUUUAUGAAGGUCAUGCACAAGCAUGGACCGUGACAGCCACAGUGAAGACACUUUGUCCACCAUGGUGCUUGAGAACAUCAAGAAUAAACUGAUCGACGCCUUCAGGGCCAGCGGGGAAUGCCGAGAUGAUACGCGGGAGGACGUCGGAACGCGGGCGAGGCAGCUCAGCCUCAGCAGGAGUCAGCAAGCCAACGAGGAGCUGAGGAGGGCGCAGAUAGACGGCGCGAUUACUUGGCUGAGAUCGGAAUUGUUGGAGAUGCGUUCUCAAGACCUCCAGCUGGCUAAAACACUGCUGGGACUCAACACAGAGAUCCAAAGACUGAGGAGAGAGAGUUUCGGAGGUUUGGAUGAUACAGGAGACGAUCAGCCGUAAAUACUGGAGGAUCAAGUGGAAAAGGAAGUGCACAAUUCUGUGACUUUGUGAGAUUUAAAAGCAUUUAAAUGAAGAUGAAAUACAAACAUAAAUGGACAUCAAUUCAAUAUAAAGUAAGCAGGGUAAGAGAAGAAAUGUUUUGCAUGAUGUUUUUGCACUUAAACCAAAAUGUGCUUUUGUUUUAUUUCCUUCCGGUAAUGAGAUAAAACACUUUGGUAU